CAGCUUAAAGUCAACGAAGCGAAUGAGGCUGGCCUGAUUGUGCUGUCGCAACAACUCGAAAUGCCGCAAGUGGAAAAGUGGGCGGUGGGUAUUAUGACCGCCAGUGUCAAGUUAAGGGACGCCUGCCUGGAUUACAUGAAGGCAACCUUUGAGGCAACAGUCGCUAGAAAUUUUUUCAUUCAGCUGCCAGCUGACACUGUCCUGUCCCUGCUGGAGGCAGAUGACCUUCAAGUGGACAGUGAAGAGACCGUCCUCAAGGCGAUUGGACGCUGGGUCAGUCCACUUGGCAAAGUGGAUGAAACGCGAUUUCGGCACGCGGAAGCGAUGAUGAAGCAAGUACAGUAG